AAUUCGCGAAGCUAGUCUCGAGAAUUUCGACCAAAUUCUGUUACCAGGAAUAGCACCGAAAUUUUCACCAGCCCUUAGGCCCUACAGACAUACCAGCUAUGUCUAAGGCAACCGUGUGCAGUAAUUGUGGCGGUAGUGACAUAGACACAGACCAGGCUCGAGGUAAUGCUGUCUGCGUGUCCUGUGGAGCGGUCAUUGAAGACAACUUCAUCGUCUCUGAGGUGGGCUUUGCAGAGAACACUCUUGGAGGAACUUCUGUGAUCGGCCAGUUUGUUUCAUCCGAAGGUGAUAAGAGUCAUACUUUAGGAAACAACUUUCGUCAUGGCUAUGGCAAAGAAUCCAGAACAGUUACACUUCAACAAGGUAAGAGACACAUCCAGAACUUGGGUGGGCAGUUGAAGUUGAACCAGCAUCGUAAUGACAUGGCCUAUAACUUCUUCAAGAUGGCUGUCCAGAAGAAGUUGACGAGAGGAAGAAAGACCAUGCACAUUGUAGCGGCCUGCCUCUAUCUGGUCUGUCGUCUGGAGUCCACUCCUCAUAUGUUGCUAGAUCUCAGUGACUUGCUACAGGUGAAUGUGUAUGUUCUUGGGAAGACCUACCUCAAGUUGUGUCAGGAGCUUCACAUCAAUGUACCUGCAAUCGAUCCUUGUUUGUUUAUCCAGAGGUUUGCUCACAAGCUAGAGUUUGAUGAGAGGACAGACGUGGUGUGCGAGACGGCAUUAAGACUGGUAUCUAGGAUGAAACGAGACUGGAUGCAUACAGGCAGAAGACCAUCUGGUUUAUGUGGUGCAGCUUUGCUUGUCGCUGCCAGGAUGCACAAUUUCAGCAGGACCCAGAAAGAUGUCAUCAAGGUGGUCAAAGUGUGUGAUGCUACUCUCAGGAAAAGGUUAUCUGAGUUUGAGGAGACACCCUCUGGCAAGCUAACUAUUGAUGAGUUUCACAAGAUAGACCUGGAGGAAGAGCAGGACCCACCAUCGUUUACUCGGGGAAGGAGAACCGCAAAACUUGCGCAGUUGGAAGAGCUGAGCAAGAAACAGGUGCGUGAGUUAGAAGGAGAGAUCGCUACUAUACAGAAUGAGAUAGAGAGCGCUCUUCAUAAAAAAGUACCAGGACUUGCUCUCUUGUUUCCAGAUGCAGCAGCAGCGUUAGGGAGCGUACCAGAAGAAGACGAUAGCAAUGCUGGCGGUGCUGAACCUAGCAAAGAAAACAUAGAACUUCUCAAACGCUUGGAAGGCGACAGUGUUAAAACUCUGAUCGAGAACGAAAACGAUCCGCAUAAACAGUCGCAAAAAGUUGAUGAAACUGGUGAAAAUGCGGACUCGGCAACAAAGAGUAGCGUGAAUGCAGGUACGGGAGGGGGAGAAGAUGGACGAGAAGGAGAGGAGAAAGGAGGGGGAGAUGGGGAAGGAGGAGGAGGAGAGAAAGGAGGGGAGGACAGGGCAAGUGGAGCGGGAGGAGGGGGAGGAGGAGAUGCCACAUCAGCAGAGAAAACACUGCCCUCGGGAGAUGUUAUUGAUACGUUACUUGGAUCUGCAGUGUGGAGCGAUGAAGACAAGGGACUGGGGCCGUCACCAUUAUCCUUGGGAUUUGAAAGCAUCAUCAAAGAGGCUGCUAUUCCAGAAGAAAAAAGUCCUGACAGUGAUGAUGGAGAGUUGGAUUUAACAGGCAUAGAUGAAAAGGAGAUGGAAUUGUUUAUUUUGAGUGAAAAAGAAGUGAUGAUAAAAACCACUCUAUGGAUGAAGGAGAACGGAGAAUACAUGAAGCUUAUGGAAGAAAAGGAGCUGAGAUUACGAAAAGAAAGAGAACUGCUGGGAUUGAAACCUGACCAACCAAAGAAGAAGCGGAAAAACAACAAGAAGCCCCCAAUCCAGGCCAACACUGCUGGCGAGGCCAUCGAGAAGCUCCUCGUAGAGAAGAAGAUAUCCAGCAAGAUCAAUUACGAUGUUUUACGAGAUCUCACCCAGCCCAGCCCAUCCCACAAACCCAGCCAACCCUCGCAACUAGCGGAGACCCCGCCCUCAGUCAACCUCAGUACGCCGUUCAGGGCGGGAGGUGUCAGCCAGGGUGCCCAGUUGACGAGGGCAGGGAGUCUGGGCGGAGUGAAACGACUCAGGCAGGGCAUAACUCCCACCAGACCGACUGUCAGAGAGGGACCUGCCCAGAAGACAGCAAAAUUAGAGCCCAAAGAGGAGAAAAACCCCAACCCCUUCACUAUGCCGCAACCCAAAGCCCCUGAUGACAUAGUGGUAGAGUCCGGUCCUGUACAGUACGAUGCAGAGGAUGGACCCCACCAUGAGGAUGAAGGGGAGGAUGAGUAUUAUGAUGAGGAGGAUGAUCAUCUUCAGAGUGCUGCUCAGUUGAUGGGACAUAGAGGUAGGUUGAGAGAAUCCGUGGUACAGUCUCUGAUUUUUACGAAGAAACACUUAAUUAAAAGUCUUAAUCGGGCCAAUUCACUAUUAAAUAAUGUCAAUAUGCUUCUUACUUUUUGGUGAGUUUCUGUUCUAUAAUCAGAUUGCAUGUGGUGUAGGUGAGUUGCUGCUAUUGUUUCAGCUGUAAAUAUUUGUUCAGACAAAAUCAGGAAAUCAUUUUGGUAAAGCGAACGUGAAGAGGUUUGUGUAUUGCGCAAAAUGAAAACCCUGAUUUAGUAU